ACCGAGAGGCAUUUAUCAGUUCCGAUACCAAGGCUUACGCGUAAUUACUUUUGAAAAAUAUUGACAAUAUUGCAUAAAUCAUACCUCCAAUAUAUACCAACUGAGUACCGUGUAAAAAAGUAGAGCCGUGGCCCUUGUCGCGUCUCCCAACGUUCCAGCUCGUUUUCAGUAUAUCCAAGUUUUAUUUGUCAUCGAUAUAAUAGUAAACCUGUACGAUAAAACAUUAAAAUGGCCGCAGCGAUAGAAGAAGAUAGACGUUCGACGCGACUUACGAGGCGGAGCAUGCUCUAUCGCUCUGAGGAGGAGGAGGCCAUGUCCAAGUUCAUCUCAAAUCUCUACAACUACGGUAUACCCUUGAUAGCCGCUUCCGUGCUCGUUUGGAUUGUGGUUGCCAGCUGCGAUGGAAAGGAUAUCUAUUUGCACAUACCGUUUCCGUUCUUCAUACUCGUGAUAAUCGUGUUUCUUGUGAUGAUGCUGCUGCAUUGUGUGCCCAUGAUCGCCCAUGUGACGCUCUGCAACUGGAUGUGGGCUCUUGUCGUUUGGCUCUGUACAACUGUGGCUGUCUGUUGCGUCCUCCACUUCUUCAGUAUCCUGACCCUGCUGCUUCUACUCGCUCUCUCUCUUGUGCUCGUCCUAGUGCUUAACUUUUCGGGUGCCAUGUGUCCGGUGGAAUACCUGCCGGGUGGAGUCGUCUCUAGUGGCUUCAUGAUGGCCAUGACCGUAGCUCUCAUAAUCCUGGGUACCGUUCAGCUGUGCACUGGCAGCAUAGAGGUGCUGGAUGCUUUUGUUAGCAUUCUGUUCAUCAUGCUGAUCGUGGCAAUACCAAUUCAGGCGCAGUUCUGCCACGGACGGAUAGAGUACUUUCAAGUGGUUCCACGUAUCCAUCAAAUGGUCAGCAUUCUAACGCUUUACCUCACAUCCGUCAUGUUCUUCUGUUGCCUCAUGUAUUUUACUGUUCGGACGGAGCGGCAUGAAACCGUUUCAACUGAAAUGACGCCAACGAUUGAAGACGAAGAUAGUCGUAGAUGAAACAUAGGAGCUCUCAAAUACAGGUGAUAUUCUGAAGAUCCUGAAAAUGGAGUUACCUCUGAAGAAGUCUAGUCCCUGUGGUAGGGAUCCCUGAACUGAAUAAAUCGGAACAUCUAGCUCAAAACCUUUCUGAUUUAUAUUCCCUUCUGUAAUUCUAUGGAUCCAGGGCUUUUAUGUCAAUUCCAAAAUUAUUUGUUUAUUGAAAGUUUGUCGAUAAAACAGCAGCAGUAACAUCAA